AUGAGGUUAUUGAAGGUUGCGACUUGUAACUUGAACCAAUGGGCUAUGGAAUUCGAAUGCAACAUGAAGAACAUCAAAGCUUCGAUCGCUGAGGCAAAAGCUUCAGGUGCUGUAAUCAGGCUUGGACCGGAGCUCGAAAUCACUGGCUAUGGCUGCGAAGAUCACUUCUUGGAGCUCGAUACAGUCACUCACUCGUGGGAGUGUUUGAAGGAAUUGUUGCUUGGUGAUUGGACUGAUGGGAUAUUGUGUAGUAUUGGAAUGCCUGUGAUUAAAGGAGCAGAGAGGGAGCUUAGGUGGUUCACUGCUUGGAAGCAGAGAGAUAAGCUUGAGGAGUUUCAGCUUCCAAUUGAAAUUUCAGAGGCUUUGUCACAGAAAUCAGUACCUUUUGGUUAUGGUUACAUACAGUUUAUCGAUACAGCUGUUGCAGCUGAAGUCUGUGAAGAACUGUUUAGUCCAGUUCCUCCUCAUGCCGAGCUUGCAUUGAACGGAGUUGAGGUGUUUAUGAAUGCAAGUGGGAGUCAUCACCAACUGAGAAAGCUAGAUAUUCGUCUGAAUGCUUUCAUGGGGGCUACUCAUGCUCGUGGUGGGGUGUAUAUGUACAGUAAUCAACAGGGAUGCGAUGGUAGCCGCUUAUAUUACGAUGGAUGUGCAUGCAUUGUUGUAAACGGGGAUGUUGUCGCUCAAGGCUCACAAUUCUCGUUGAAGGACGUUGAGGUCAUCAUUUCCCAAGUGGAUCUUGAUGCGGUUGCUAGUCUUCGCGGAUCUAUAAGUAGUUUCCAGGAACAAGCAAGCUGCAAAGUUAAUGUACCUUCAGUAGCCGUACCCUAUAAGCUGACACAGACUUUCAAUCUAAAAAUGACGCUGAGCAGUCCGAAGAAGAUCAUAUACCACUCUCCACAAGAAGAAAUAGCCUUUGGUCCUGCUUGCUGGCUUUGGGACUAUUUGAGAAGAAGUGGCGCUUCAGGGUUUUUGCUUCCCCUUUCUGGCGGAGCAGACAGCUCCUCCGUGGCAGCUAUUGUUGGUUGCAUGUGUCAACUCGUUGUUAAAGAGAUUGCAAAUGGAGAUGAGCAAGUGAAAGCUGAUGCGAACCGAAUUGGGAAUUAUGCGAAUGGGCAGUUUCCCACUGAUAGCAAAGAGUUUGCCAAGCGAAUAUUUUACACUGUGUUUAUGGGGUCUGAAAACAGUUCUGAGGAGACAAAAAAGCGUGCAAAGCAGCUGGCUGACGAGAUUGGUGCAUGGCAUCUUGAUGUUUGCAUAGAUGGCGUUGUCUCUGCAGUUUUAUCUUUAUUUCAAACGGUUACAGGCAAGCGACCUCGGUAUAAGGUUGAUGGAGGAUCAAACGUUGAGAACCUUGGGUUGCAGAACAUUCAAGCACGGAUGAGAAUGGUUUUAGCAUUUAUGUUAGCGUCACUCUUACCUUGGGUUCAUAGCAAACCAGGCUUUUACCUUGUUCUAGGCAGCUCUAACGUUGAUGAAGGACUUCGUGGUUACCUAACAAAGUAUGAUUGUAGCUCAGCAGACAUAAAUCCAAUAGGAAGUAUCAGUAAAAUGGAUUUGAGGUUGUUCUUAAAAUGGGCUGCAACGCAUCUUGGAUAUCCAUCCUUGGCAGAAAUUGAAGCUGCUCCACCAACAGCCGAGCUCGAGCCUAUUCGUUCUGACUAUACUCAGCUCGAUGAAGUGGACAUGGGAAUGACAUAUGAAGAGCUUUCAGUCUAUGGAAGGAUGAGGAAGAUAUUCCGGUGUGGCCCAGUUUCCAUGUUCAAGAAUCUAUGUUACAAGUGGGGAACAAAGCUAAGCCCAGCAGAAGUAGCUGAGAAAGUGAAGUACUUCUUCAAAUAUUAUUCGAUCAAUCGCCAUAAAAUGACUACCCUCACACCGUCUUAUCACGCCGAGAGUUACUCUCCAGAGGACAACAGAUUCGAUCUGAGGCAGUUUCUUUACAACAGCAAGUGGCCGUAUCAGUUUAAGAAGAUUGAUGAGAUUGUUGACGGCUUAAACGGCGAUACAGUUGCUUUCCUGGAAGAAGCAAACUCCGGGAAAGAAAUGGGAGUCGUAGCAGCAAACUCCGGCGACCCAAGCGCGGGUCUAUGA